UCAUCAGGUCAAUCACUGGUACCUGGUACGCUUGGCACUUUGAGAGCCCCUAUAGGGGCAAGGAAUGGAAAUGGCAGCCCGUUUCUUAGACCUUGGCAACAUUGACUUAUGGCGCAGCGAGGAGAUGCAGCUCGUUCAGCUAAUGAUCCCGGCGGACGCUGCACACGAUACUGUGGAGGCCCUCGGAGAAGUUGGCGUCCUCCAGUUUAAGGAUCUCAACGUAGAGAAGUCUGCGUUCCAGAGAACUUAUGCGAACCAGGUCAAGCGGUGUGAUGAGCUGGCGCGCAAGCUGCGGUUCUUCAAGGAGCAGGUGGAGAAGGCGGGGUUGCCGGUUGCUCCUCGCUCCAUCCUGGACGCCGCGGGGGUUACCAUGGACGAGCUUGAGGGCCUGUUGGAGCAGCUGGAGCGGGAGCUGGUGGAGAUGAACGCCAACCAAGACCGCCUGCAGCGCGCGGCGGCGGAGCUGGCGGAGCUGUCCCUGCUGCUGGACUGCGCGGGCAAGUUCUACGACCCCGCUCGCCGUGCAGCAAGCGGUGCGGGAGCACUGGGGGCGGGAGGAGCGGGCAACGGCAGCUUGCAGGGGGC